AUGAGCACGACAUCGCAGGCGGCGCUCGACGAUGAAAUUCGGCGGCGGCUCUCAAAGCUCUCCGCCUACAAGCAGGCGGAGUACCACUGCGUGGAGGCCAUCGCGGCGCUGCGCCACUCGCUGCGGGAGGUGCUGGAGCUCGAGGGAGACACGCCAGGCACCGACGGCGAUGGCGCCAACGAAAGCGGCGGCGGCGGUCGGGCGGAGUUGGCGCGGGCGCGGCAGGCGGUGCGGCGCGCCCACCAGCAGCUCGACAGGCUUGUGAAGGAGGCCCAACGUGCGUCGCGGCGUGAGGGCGGCGAGUACGAGGCCGACCUGAAGGAAUUGUUGCGGCACGUGGAGAGCGCCAAGCGGUGGUACCGCGAGUGCUUUCGCGUUGUACCGGCGACCGCCGCGGCACACCUGCCGCAGCCUGACACCGGUGUCGCGCUGGGCGUCGCCGAGGAUGCGUACGCGCCCCCACCCAUGCGGAGCGGGGCCGCAGACUUGACCGUCCCACUGCUUGCAGGGAGUGGUGGCGGUCGCGGCCGUGGGACGGGCAACUGGUGCGCCGCCGCCGCGCCGCGCCCCACCGUGUCCGACGAGGAGUUCCUCGAGUUUGCGGAUGAGGUGCGGCGAAACGACGACCUCGCCGAGGCCGCGUUGGACCGCAUCGCAUACGGCCUCUCACGGCUCCAUGAGAAUGCGCUGAAUGUGACCUCCGAGCUGCACACGCAGCGGGAACUCCUGGACGACGUGGAGGGAAAAGUGAACACGACCCACACAAAGCUCAGCAGGAUGAACGCGCGGCUGCGCAAGCUCCUUGCGGAGAAGAAGAAAUGCGACUGGUUUAUGUACGCCUUCUGCUGUGCACUCUUGCUUGGCGUGGUCGCCGCAAUCGCCGUCCUGCUCAAGUCGUGA